UCCAGAUUUUUAUUUUUACGUGGAACAUGGCACAUAUUUGAUGUAAUCGCUUUUGGAUAAUUAAUUAUUUUACGAUAACAGAAUGACUUGGGACAUCACUUUAGAUUUUGAAUAUUACGUUACGCAGCAACCACAACCACGAAUAUGUUUUGGUUCUGCACAAGAACGUAUAGCGUUGCCAUUAAAAGGACCUUGCCUAAGUCCAUUUAUGCGACGAAUGGCAAUAGAAACAAGAGAAAAUAUAGGACCUUCAACAUAUGAGACUAAACGUGAUGCAUUUUCUGAUGUGACAGACAGGAUUUAUAGCAAAUAUGGUUUAGGAGCCAAAUCACCACGGUGGUUGAUGAAACAUGAAUAUCAGCCUCCGCCACGAGAACCGCGCCCAAAAACACCUACUAAGCAAAAUUGCGCACCAUUUAAUUCUACAUCCAAGAGAAAGGGCAUGUUUUCCCCAUCAUUGUACCCCGCACCCUGUGACUACUGCCCCGAAUAUAUAAAACGUCAGAUGAAGUUUGUAUACUCUUUCUCCGGUAAAAAGACACUGAGAUGUGCUGUACAGAUUAAAUGCGUUCCAUAUAACUUAGAUGAAUGUGGAUAUUGUGGAUGCUCAUGCUCACAACAAGGCGACUAUUGGCAAUUCGAAAAUAGAAUAUUUUUAUGCAGAAAACAUUACAAUCGUUUAUUCAAACAUUGCCUGUCCAAAUUUCAAGGCGUCAAACUUGCUGAAUUUAAGUCGGUGAGGGAUUGUUUCUUCGCACACGCUCACAAUAGUUGUAAGGCUGCUUUGAAAAUAAUGAAGUCUGAAGAAAUUGUAAAGAAGUUGAGAAAAGAAGCAUAUUUGGAUCUCUUCUUCCCACAACGCCGAUUUUGUAAUAAUUAAUUUUUAGAUGUAUUUUAAUGAUUACUAUCUUCAUUAUUAUUGAAAAUUAACAAAUUUAUGAAAAGUUUCUUGUAACUAGUUAUUUAUAGUAGUAAUACGUUUUUUGAGACCAGCAACACUGUUCUGAAUGGCUCAAACACAAAGAAGUCAAGUCUGGUCAAAAUAAAUCUUUAAAAAAUAAAUAAUCAUCUGACUUUCUUCGACAACAUUCUCCUUCCCUUCAUAUUUAUUAUUUAUUUUGCUAUCGAAUCGAUAUUUUGAAGCAAGCGUUGCGUCGGCAGCAAAUCAUGAAACUGGACUCGAAUAAUAAAAUGAUUAAUAGCGAGAGUGGCGCUGAUCUAGCCGAAGAAGUUGUGGACCCGCGACAAAAUGCUGAGGAUAUUAUCGAUGAAAUACUCGCAGAGUUUACAGAGUCGCGGUCUCCCGAGGCUGGGAGGAACGGGAACGGAAUACCUGAGAAUCUCUUUAAUAUGAUACAGCCUCCAAGGACGCGUACUCCAGCAAAUUCAUUCUCCGAGAAUGCCACAAUAGACGACAUAGACCCCGCAUCAGAUCUCGGUACGUCAAUAAGAAACAAGUGUUUGGAACUGGAAGAGAUUCUUCAGAGCCUCAAGUCGCGGCUCAACCACGUUGUUUUGGACGAAAAUAUUGUGCUCAGCCCAGAGGCUAACUCAAUGGAAGCGCAACUAGAACACGACCUGGACACUGACUGUCAGGAGGAUCUGUCCCUCCAAGAGUUUCUGGAGCUGCUCCAUUCGCAAAACAAAAUUAGCCCGACAGGAGUACAAUGAUUGCUCAAUGGACCAUCCCCAUAAACAUACCUUCUAAGACAAAAUUUACAUGAAUUUAUUGUGUGCAAAUUGAAUUAGAUUUUAUUGAAGUGCUAUUAAAUAUUCAGGCCUAA